UGGAUUCCCUAAGCUCCGUAAUGCUGUAGCUAUAUAUAAAAAGCCCCUCUUGCUGUGGAAACUGAGCCACACAGUCAGCUGCGUUGGCAGCAAGUAUCUCAUAUUCUCUGAGCUCCAUCUGGGAGCAAAAAAAGGGGGACUUCGGACGCUCACGGGUUCAAAGGAGUGGGAAGAGAAGACCUAGGAGUCAUGGCCUUGCCGAUGGAACAAGCCGAGGAGUUGCGUCUCUACCAGCAAACCCUCCUCCAGGAUGGUCUGAAAGACAUGCUAGACCACAACAAGUUCCUCGACUGCGUCUUGAAGGUCAAAGGGAGAGAAUUCCCGUGCCACCGCCUGGUCCUCGCCGCCUGCAGCCCCUACUUCAGGGCUAUGUUUCUCUCGGACAUGGAGGAAAGCAAGAAAAAGGAGAUCGACUUGGAGGACGUCGACCCAGAAGUCAUGGGGAAGAUUCUCCACUACAUCUACACUUCAGAGCUGGACAUCACUGAGCAGAACGUCCAGGACAUCUUCACGGUGGCUAACAUGUUCCAGAUUCCUUCCAUCUUCACCGUCUGCGUCUCCUUCCUUCAAAAGAGGCUUUGCCUCAGCAACUGCCUGGCCAUCUUCAGGCUGGGCUUGAUGCUGGACUGCGCACGCCUAGCCAUAGCGGCGAGGGACUUCAUAAGCGACCGCUUCACCCUCAUCUCCCGGGACGAGGAGUUCAACCAGCUCUCUCCCGACGAGCUCAUCGCCAUCAUCUCCACCGACUCGCUCAACGUAGAGAAGGAGGAGACCGUCUUCGAGGUGGUGAUGAAGUGGGCCACCGCGAGGGACCGCGAGGCCCGGGCGAAAGCACUCCCGGUGGUCUUUGAGAGCAUCCGCUUCCGACUCAUGGACAAAGCUUACUUCAAGGACCAUGUGGAGAAGCACGCCUUGGUCAAGUCCAGCCCAGAGCUCCUCAAGAAGGUCCAGAUGGUCAAGGAUGCCCAUGACGGGAAGCUCACGGUGGUGAGGAAGACGACGGGGAAGAAAAAGGGGGAGAAGAAAGCUGGUGACAAUGUCAUCAACGGAGAGGUAGAGCAAGAAGCAGGAGAGAAAGAGGAAGAGGAGGAGGGUCUCCCAGGGAUCUUGAACGACACAAUGCGCUUUGGGAUGUUUCUACAAGACCUUAUUUUCAUGGUCAGUGACUCAGGGGCAGUGGCCUACGAUCCGGGAGCCAAUGAGUGCUAUUUUGCCUCCGUCUCUGCUCAGAUCCCAAAGAAUCACGUCAGCCUGGUCACCCGUGAGAACCAGAUCUUCAUAGCAGGUGGAAUUUACUACAACGAGGACAAUAAAGAGGACCCCAUGAACUCCUAUUUCUUGCAGGUACCACUUGUUGUUUUCUUCCUCCUGGCUUGUGAAUGAUGUACACAGCUUCCUGCUCCUGGGCCAAGAGUCACGCAGUGCUAGAUUCCCCUUGGAGUGCGGCGCCGACUCCAGGGUGGUUUAGGUCCAGUUUCAGAUGUGCACUGGUUCAAACUGGCCUGACACCCUGUUUUAAGUGUGUGGCUCAGCAGGGAUGGUGGCAAGUUCAGAACAAUGGCAUUGCAUCACCUAAUAUUGCAUUACCUAGAUAGUUAUUGCUUUGUUCAUAAUCUCACAGUUGUCUGGCUAGAUGAGGCAGGAGAUCCACAUAGCCAGGGGUCCCGCUUCCCCUUUAUCCAAACACAAGUGGGCCCUGCAACAGAAAGUUGCAGUAUGAAGUGCUUCUGCUCAGUAUUCCAGUCACAUCUUGGGGGCCAAGGUCUCUUAGCAACUCUCAGCACCCUUAACGAACUACUGUGCCCAAAAUGCUUUGCAGGAAGCUAUGACUGUUUAAAGAGGGAUGCGGGUGGUGCUGUGGGUUAAACCACAGAGCCUAGGACUUGCCGAUCAGAAGGCCGGUGGUUCGAAUCCCCGUGAUGGAGUGAGCUCCCGUUGCUCACUCCCUGCUCCUGCCAACCUAGCAGUUUGAAAGCACGUCAAAAGUGCAAGUAGAUAAAUAGGUACCGCUUUGGCGGGAAGGUAAACAGCUUUUCCAUGUGCUGCUCUGGUUCGCCAGAAGUGGUUUAGUCAUGCUGGCCACAUGACCCAGAAGCUGUACGCCAGCUCCCUCGGCCAAUAAAGCGAGAUGAGCGCAGCAACCCCAGAGUCGGCCAUGACUGGACCUAAUGGUCAGGGGUCCCUUUACCUUUUUUAUGACUGUUUAAAAUAGUAUAGUGCUUUGAGAGCAGGGUGUAAACAUGGCCUAGUUCUCCAUUGUUUCAGAGGGCAGGACUAGAACUGAUGGGUGGAAAUGGCAAAUGCGGUUGGACUGUUUCCCAUCAGCCCCAGACACCAAGGACACUAGUCCGGAGUGAUGGGAGUUAGAGUCCAGACACAUCUGGAAGGCUACAAGUUUCUCGCCCCUGCAUUCAGAGGAACAUCCAAAUGAUGAGAUUUGCUGAACUGUGGAAGAGGCUUUCCUUGUCCCCUGGAGGUAUAGAAGCAGAGGCUGGAUGGUUCUCUAUUGGGGAGGCUGCAGCUGGGGGACCUGUCAACUCCAUCGUUCUGCUGCCCAACCACAACCAAAGCUAUAUCUCAGUCCUAAAAACCCUAGCAGCAGGGUGAGCGUAAACCCUGCUCAAUGCAGUGUGAUGUACUUCUAUACAUCUAUACAGCAUCGACUCCAACUGAUCAAAAUUGGGAUGCUCGUUUUUUUGGCCCAAACUCUUGCGGGAGUCGGGUGGCGCUGUGGGUUAAACCACAGAGCCUAGGGCUUGCCGAUCAGAAGGUCGGCGGUUCGAAUCCCCACGACAGGGUGAGCGCCCGUUGCUCAGUCCCGGCUCCUGCCAAACUAGCAGUUCAAAAGCAUGCCAAAAGUGCAAGUAGAUAAAUAGGUACCGCUCUGGCGGGAAGGGAAACGGCAUUUCCGUGCGCUGCUCUGGUUCGCCAGAAGCGGCUUAGUCAUGCUGGCCACAUGACCCAGAAGCUGUACGCCGGCUCCCUCGGCCAGUAAAGCGAGAUGAGCGCCGCAACCCCAGAGUCGGCCACGACUGGACCUAAUGGUCAGGGGUCCCUUUACCUUUACCUUGCGGGAGUCAGUUGACUUGGGUGAGAGCGAGAGGCCAAAAAACAGGACAUUCUGGGAUCCAAUCAGAAGCAAAGGUUGGCUUCUGUCAUUCCAAGAUGUCCUGCUCAAAUCUAGAUGGCUGAGGGGUAUGAUACAGGUCCACACUCUUUGGAGUCUUCUUCUUCCUGUAUAACAGGAGUGGGAGACUUCAGGCCCAGGCUCCAAAUGUGACCUUCCAGGCCUUUCUAUCAGACCUUUUGGACUUGAGUGCUUUGGCCUGGCUGGAAAAUGUCCUCAAUCUCUGAUGGAACCUCUGGGCUUCCUGGACGGAGGAUAAAGGGGUGUGCAGAAGAAACAAGCUGGUUUUGCCUCUGGCCCUGUGGCCCUCAGAAAGUUGUGCAGGUGGGACUGUGGUCCUCAGCUCUGCCCUGAUGCUUCUCUGCCUUAUCGCUUCUCUGCAGUAUGACCACUUGGACUCAGACUGGCUCGGGAUGCCUCCCCUGCCAUCUCCGCGCUGCCUGUUUGGCCUCGGCGAGGCUGAAAACUCCAUCUUUGUGGUUGGUGGAAAAGAGCUGAAGGAAGGAGAAGAAACCCUGGACUCAGUCCUGUGCUACGAUCGGCUGUGAGUGCGAAACAAAGUCAUAGAAUCAUAGAGUUGGAAGAGACCACAAGGGCCAUCGAGUCCAACCCCCUGCCAAGCAGGAAACACCAUCAGAGCACUCCUGACAUAUGGUUGUCAAGCCUCUGCUUAAAGACCUCCAAAGAAGGAGACUCCACCACACUCCUUGGCAGCAAAUUCCACUGUCGAACAGCUCUUACUGUCAGGAAGUUCUUCCUAAUGUUUAGGUGGAAUCUUCUUUCUUGUAGUUUGGAUCCAUUGCUCCAUGUCUCCCUCCUCUAUGUGACAUCCUUUUAUAUAUUUGAACAUGGCUAUCAUAUCACCCCUUAACCUCCUCUUCUCCAGGCUAAACAUGCCCAGCUCCCUUAGCCGUUCCUCAUAAGGCAUCGUUUCCAGGCCUUUGACCAUUUUGGUUGCCCUCCUCUGGACACGUUCCAGUUUGUCAGUGUCCUUCUUGAACUGUGGUGCCCAGAACUGGACACAGUACUCCAGGUGAGGUCUGACCAGAGCAGAAUACAGUGGCACUAUUACUUCCCUUGAUCUAGAUGCUAUACUCCUAUUGAUGCAGCCCAGAAUUGCAUUGGCAUUUUUAGCUGCUUUUUUUUUUGUCGUUGGUUUCAGGCUUGGGCCUAAAACCUGAGCCAGCCAAUACAGACGCCGAAGCAGAUUUUGGACGAGGGGCAGUCCACAUUAUGACCCUGAGGCCAUUGUUCAAAUUUUGACAGGCAAAACUGUGGGUUGGAGGGUGUUGGCAAGCUGCAAGGUGUGCAACCAAGAUGACCAAGGGCCUUAUGAGGAACGGUUGAGGGAGUUGGGAAUGUUUAGCCUAGAAAAGAGGAAACUGAGAGGAGAUAUGAGAGCCAUCUUCAAAUAUCUCAAGGGCUUUCAAAUGGAGCUUGUUUUCUCCUGCUCUGGAGGCUAGGACCCGAACCAAUGGAUUCAAGUUACGAGAAAGGAGAUUCCGUCUAAACAUUAGGAAGAACGUUUUGGUAGUGAGAGCUGUUCAACAGUGGAACAGUCUCCCUAGGGAGGUGGUGCAUCUUGGACCUUUUUAAGGAGAGUUUGGAUGGCUAUCUGUCAAAGCUGCUUUAGUUGAGAUUCUGAGUCACAAGGGGUUGACCCUCAGAGUCAUUUCCUACUCUACGGUACUAUGAUUAUAUGAAAAUGGAGGUUGAAUCGGCCUCAGUUGUGCCUGUCGAAAUCAACAAGGGCCUCAGGGUAAUAAUUUGUCCCCACUGGGAUUAGCGUCUUUAUUUAUUUAAAACAUUUCCAUAACACACAAACAUUAAAAACAAAACAACGUCUGGGUAGUUUGCAGCAGCAGACAACAACCCAUAACUUACUUUAUAAUUAUGCUUUAAUUGUGUCGCCGCUUUUAUUGUUCUAUACUAUGUCUGCAUUUAAUUUGUUCCUUGUGAGCCACCCAGAGAAUUCGGAUUGCGCAGAAAAUAGAUACAGAAGCCAUCCGUUAAAAUAGUUAAUCACAGCAAAAGGCAGCAGUAGAAACGAUUGCAAUAGAUUUUUUGAUUUUUUUUAAGCACGUCUGAGGUUAAAAGCCUGGGGAAACAGGGAGAUAUUUGCUUGGUGCCUAAAAGACAUUCAUGGAAGUGGGGAGAGAUUUUAGUUUGCUGCUGUGAAAGGGGCAAAGAAAUGCAGAAAAGAGGGGUGAAGGGGAGCCUGAGGCUGCAAUCCUAGAGCCAUUUUCCUGGGAGGACAAAGAAGCAAAUAUGUCAGAAUUCCCUCAGUGUCUCCUUUUCUUCAGUUCUCGAUGUUAGUUUACAAAUCUUUUUAAAAGAAAAUUCAUCAUCGUGUUCUCCUAAUGGGCACAUUUAUAUGCAGUUUUUUGGUGUAAUAUACACAAUUUUUGCACAGCGCAUUUCUAGAUGUUAUUUUCAUACGGCCUGGGGGCCUGGGAAGAAAGCUGAAGGCUGCCUGAAAGUAUGUCAUUCUUCUGUCCACCAGGUCCUUUAAAUGGGGAGAAGCGGACUCCCUUCCUUUCCCCGUCUAUGGCCACAGCGUGGUAUCCCAGAAUGACCUCAUCUACGCCAUCGGAGGCAAAGGAAAUGACAAGUAAGUGAGAGCAGCGUUAGAAACAGAGAUAUGAAAGCUAGGAGCUAAAUGGCACCUUAAACUGAGGUUAUGGGCGCAACAACGGAAUGUCUAGGCGCAGUUUUAAAAAAUAACAAUAAUACAAAGCUGAAACUGAAUGAACGGCAGCUAAAAUAUUAUGUUCAUUUUUCACAUGCUCUAGUAGUCCUUUCCCCACCCCCCACCCCCCUAAUAUUCUUAAGAGGGUCUCUUCUCCAGUCUUCAGAGAGUAGCUGGAAGCUGAAAAAGGUCCUCCUUUCCUUCCACUCUGCAGUUUUAAUCUGAAAUCUUAGGCACGUUUGUUAUGUACUGAGCUGAAUCCUAGAAAAAUAGGAUGCAGAAUGCAGCAGUCUGAUUGGUCCGCAGGAGCCACCCAAUCCAGCUCCAGGUGGAAGUGAAUCAGUGACCUGAUUGGCCUGCAGGAGCAGCCAAUCAGGCUUCUGGAUGAAGUGAAUCAGAAACCUGAUUGGCCUACAGGAGCAGCCCAGAAUUAGCCAAUCACGCGGGGCCCAUUGUGUAAAUAAUGUAUAUAUAGCUAGACAUUUGGGGGAAAGUUUCAUUCAUUGCGAAUCCCCGCGACGGGGUGAGCUCCCGUCGUUCGGUCCCAGCUCCUGCCCACCUAGCAGUUCGAAAGCACCCAUAAAGUGCAAGUAGAUAAAUAGGUACCACUUUCUAGCGGGAAGGUAAACGGCGUUUCCGUGUGCUGCUCUGGUGCCGGCUCGCCAGACCAGCUUCGUCACGCUGGCCACGUGACCCGGAAGUGUCUCCGGACAGCGCUGGCCCCCGGCCUAUAGAGUGAGAUGGGCGCACAACCCUAGAGUUGGACACGACUGGCCUUCAGGCAGGGGUACCUUUACCUUUACCUUUACCUUCAUUCAUUGCUACUACGGACUGAAUAAAGAGCAUGAUAUUCGCACUCGACUCUGAGUAUAUUUCAGUGUUCAUGUUGAGUUCUGGCACCUCUUUUUCGAGAAAAAUGACACUGAAUUUGACACAAGAGCUGUUCACAUCUGGUUGGCUGCCAUCCAUCUGUCUCGGGAGACAAUGGAGGAGUGAGCCUUUGAGGGUGCAGUCAAAUUGUUGGGAGAGUUACAGCGCCUGCUGUGGCUAUAGAGACCGAUAUGGGAGAGACCUGUUUUGUUGCAGCUGCGGCAGAUGACGGUGUCCGGUUGUGCUGCACCUUGUCUCAGUCCAUUCACUAUCAGAAGCACAGCCAGUGGUGACCAGAAGAGAGAGCCUUUUCUGUGGCUGCUCCCAUAUAGUGGAAUUUGCUCCCCAGAGACGUUAAGACUGGCUCCCUCCUUGUCCUCCCUCUGCCAGCAGACUAGGUAAAGGUAAAGGGACCCCUGACCAUUAGGUCCAGUCGCUGAUGACUCUGGGGUUGCGGCGCUCAUCUCGCUUUACUGGCCGAGGCAGCCGACAUACAGCUUUCGGGUCAUGUGGCCAGCAUGACUAAGCCACUUCUGGCGAACCAGAUCAGCGCAUGGAAAUGCCGUUUACCUUCCCACCAGAGAGGUACCUAUUUAUCUACUUGCACUUUGACGUGCUUUCAAACUGCUAGGUUGGCAGGAGCAGGGACGGAGCAACGGGAGCUCACUCCAUCGCGGGGAUUCGAACCGCUGACCUUCUGAUCGGCAAGCCCUAGACUAAGACCUCCCUGUUCAGACAGGCCUUUGGAAACUCAGAUGAAAGAUGGUUCUGACCACUGGGCUGCUCUCAGGGAAGCCUGCAUUUUCAUCACUGGUUCCAAAUGUGUUUUGGAGCAUUUUAACUAUUGCUUUUCAACAGUUUGUUUUUACUGCUCUGUAUUUUAUAAUGUUAGGGACACGGGUGGCGCUGUGGGUUAAACCACAGAGCCUAGGUCUUGCCAAUCAGAAGGUUGCGACGGAGUGAGCUCCCGUUGCUUGGUCCCUGCUCCUGCCAACCUAGCAGUUCGAAAGCACGUCAAAGUGCAAGUAGAUAAAUAGGUACCACUCCGGUGGGAAGGUAAACGGCGUUUCUGUGCACUGCUCUGGUUCGCCAGAAGCGGCUUAGUCAUGCUGGCCACAUGACCCGGAAGCUGUCUGCGGACAAACGCCUGCUCCCUCGGCCCAUAGAGCAAGAUGAGCGCCGCAACCCCAGAGUCGGUCACGACUGGACCUAAUGGUCAGGGGUCCCUUUACCUUUACCUUUAUUUUAUAAUGUUGUUUUUAAACGUCGUAAACAGCCUUGAACCUCAGUUUGGGAGAGAGGUGGAAUUAUAAAAACUUUAAAUAAACUAAACAAACCUCACCCCUGCCCCUUCUACGCCAGGAAGUGCCUGAACACACUCCUUGUCUACAACCCAAAGAAGUUUGAGUGGAAGGAAUUGGCUCCCAUGAAAACAGCACGAUCACUGUUCGGGACGACAAUACAUAACGGGAAAAUUUAUGUGGUGGCUGGAGUGACCGAUUCCGGCUUGACCAGCUCGGUGGAAGUGUAUGACAUUGCAGCCAAUAAGUAAGUGCCUUGCCUGAAAGCACACAGAAUCACAGAAUUGUAGAGUUGGAAGGGACCCCAACGGUCAUCUAGACUAACCCCCUGCAAUGCAGGAAUCACAGCUCAAGAAUCCCAUCCAAUCUCUGUUUACAAACCUCCAAUGCAGGAGAGUCCACCAGCCUUCCGAGUUAGUUUGUUCCACUGUUGAAUCGUUCUUACCCUCAGGAAGUGUUUCCUAAUGUUUAGUUGGAAUCUCCUUUCUCGUAAUUUAAAUCUUUUGUUCGAAUCCUCCCCUCCUGACCAGGACUUCCCAGAACUAUUGAACCCCGAAGCACAUUUCUCCCCACCACCACUAAAAUUCCUGUGCUGCAGAAGCUUAUUUGCAAAUUGUGCCAGAAUCAGAAUUAUCAGACAGAGGAGGUUCCCCGUUGCACUCUGCGUGAGUCACUGAUCUGUGUGAUGCUUACAGAUAGAUAGAGGCCUGUUCUGCGCAACUACUCACACAGAGAUGCAGCAGGUAUACAAACCUUUGGCCAGGUACCUCUGCAUUAGGACUAGACAGGAUAGUUCAAUCCCACCCAGAAUUCCCUGUCCAGUGGAGAGUCUCGAUGGAAGGAAUCUGGAUGAGAGUGGUAGUAGGAUUUUGGUGCCCAUUGCUUUGUACUUGUGCCCCAUUGCAUGCCCCAUAUCUAGUGCUCUUAUGCACAUAGGGAUGUCAGCCAGGGAACAUGCAGGCACAGAGAGGUCUGCAUCCUCACGCUCAUCUGGUUUUCUGUGCCAUGUCAGGUGGGAAACCUUCCCGGAAUUCCCCCAGGAGCGCAGCUCCGUCAGCCUGGUCAGCUUGGCAGGUACUCUCUACCUGAUUGGAGGCUUUGCCACCGUGGAGACAGAGUCGGGGGAACUGGUGCCAACAGAGCUCAACGACGUUUGGAGGUAAGACAUGCCGACAUGGUUCAGCCUCGCUGGCAUUCAUGGGAAAGAAGCAAAUGCAAAUGGAAGAUUUCUCAUUUAUUAGAAGUGUUUUGUUGUGAUUGUGGGUUUUUAUGCGAGUGCCUAUUAUACCAGGAAAUGACUUUUAGCUGUGCUACAUAGAACCAUAGAAUUGUGGAGUCAGAAGGGACCCUGAGGAUCAUCUAGCGCAACCCCCUCCAAUGCAGGAAUAUUCGGCUGUCCCAUACGGGGAUGGAACCUGCAACCUUGGCACUAUUAGCACCACGCUCUAACCAACUGAGCUAUCCCUACUAGCUCUGAACAGUAGGUGAUGCCACAGAGCCACGAUAAUGAGUUGCCAUUGAUAGAAACACACACACACACACACACACACACACACACACACACACCCUUCUUCAUGGAAGCGCUCAAUCCCCUUUUAAAGCCACCUUGGCCAUCUUGUGGCAAGGAGUUCCACAGAUUAAUUUUGUGCAGCUUUAUGUGGGAGUCCUUGGUUUUGCCCCAACGUGGAUCAUUGAUUUUUAUAGUGCGGCCCUCCUUUGCCGCUGCAUCAACCAUCUCCCCAUUUGGAGAGCUCUUUUUGGAGCCGUUGAGACUGACCCUGUUUUCUCGGCUCGCUAGAAUUUGGGGUUGCCUGAAAACUUAGCUACUUCAUGGCAGAUUUGGGCUGUCAGAGUAUUCCAAGUUACAGGGAGGUAGCCGUGUUGGUCUGUCAUAGUCGAAACAAAAUAAAAAAACCCCCUUCCAGUAGCACCUUAGAGACCAACUAAAUUAGUUAUUGGUAUCAUAAUAAUAAUAAUAAUAAUAAUAAUAAUAAUAAUAAUAAUAUUUUAUGUAUACCCCGCUCUUCCCAGUUCAAGAAACUGGGCUCAGGGCGGCUAACAACUAAUUUAAAACACUUAAAUUGAUGCUACAAAAACCCUAGCAUAAAAUACGGUAUAAGGCGUUUAUAACAAUAAAAUCAAAAAUCAAUUUAGGUAUGAGCUUUUUGUGUGCAAGCACACUUCUUCAGAUACCUGAAGAAUCUGGUAUUUGAAGAAGUGUGCAUGCACACGAAAGCUCAUACCAAUAACUAACUUAGCUGGUCUCUAAAGUGCUACUGGAAGGAAUUUUUUUAUUUAGAGUAUCAGGCUGCGAAUGAUACAUAACUAAUUGCAUCCCCCUUACCCACCUAUCCUCUGCAAAUGGGGUGGAAGAAUCUAAAUGGCACCGUAAUUUAUGCAAUUAUGCAAAUCGCAUAAUUCCGCCACAGAGAAUAAUAAUGCAGUUUUGAGUGGCAGGCGAGCAGCAGCGUGAUGGAAUCAGUGCUGCAUGGAGUAAAUGCCGGGCAGAACAGAGAACCACACGGUCUUACAUCCUUUCUCCAGAUCAGUGAUGCACAAAUUAAAAAGCACCAGUCCCAAUACGUUUCAAAAAACAAAAUCUAUCUAAAACAUGGAGGGAGGGAGUUAAUAGAACAUUUUGAUGUAAUAGAACUUUAGCGUGGAACUUGGGAACUCCCUGCCUUGUGAUAUCAAGCAGGCUCUGUCGCUGCACUUUUUGGCGCCUGCUAAAACCAUUCCUGUUUAGACAAGCCUACCCAGGCAGUGGAAGACAGUAGUGCCUGGCGUGCUCUGGUCCAUGGGGUCACGAAGAGUUGGACACGACUAAACGACUAAACAACAACAACAACAACAACCCAAGUGCUUAAAAGGGACGCGGGUGGCGCUGUGGGUUAAACCACAGAGCCUAGGACUUGCACGAUGGGUGAGCUCCCGUUGCUCGGUCCCUGCUCCUGCCAACCUAGCAGUUCGAAAGCACGCCAAAGUGCAAGUAGAUAAAUAGGUACCACUCCGGCGGGAAGGUAAACAGCGUUUCCAUGCGCUGCUCUGGUUCGCCAGAAGCGGCUUGGUCAUGCUGGCCACAUGACCCGGAAGCUGUACGCUGGCUCCCUUGGCCAAUAAAACAAGAUGAGCGCCACAACCCCAGAGUCGUCUGCGACUGGACCUAAUGGUCAGGGGUCCCUUUACCUUUACCUUACCCAGGUGCUUAGAAAGCCGAGGCAAGUUUAGUUCCAGUGUUUUAACUUUUGAAUGUCUUCAAAUACGGUUGUGGAUUUUUCUGGAUUUUAUUGUUUUAUCUUUUUUGUAAAGAACUUUUGAGUGUCCCCCUCCCCCUUUUUCUUUUACAAUCAAGGAAUCACAUGCAUAAGAGUUUGUGAAAAUCAGUAAACAAACGUCCUGGCGCCUGUGCAUUUUACGCCAGUCGAUAUAAGAACUGUAGGUCCAUUCCCCCCAUCUUGGUCUCAUCCAGUUCUGUUCCUGACUUUUCCAGGUACGACGAAGAAGGGAAGAAGUGGGAAGGUGUUCUCCGAGAGAUCCAGUACGCCUCAGGCGCGACCUUUCUGCCCGUGCGGCUCAACGUUCUGCGAUUAACAAAGAUGUGAUUGCAUCCCAACAUCACUUUUAACUUCCUGCUACCAAGAUCUCUUUUUCUCCCUGCCUCCCCAAAUUCUUUCUUUUGUAAGUCCGUUUUGAUGAGUGUCACUUUUUUUGGUUAGGUAAAACAUUUUGAAAAACUGCUAC